AUGGAAUCUACCACCUUUCUCAUUCUCCCCUUUAAAUACACAAAAAAACACCCUGUAAUUUCAAUUUCACACCAAUCUUGCUUUCGCCACCAUUAUAUCAUACAUCCAUUCAAUUUCCAGUUUUCCACCACCACCAUGACUUCUAUGUUACAGAGGGAGAGAUCUCUCCCCGUUUCUCACAACCCCUCUUCAAACGAUCCAUCUUCGGUGGUUGCCGGCAUGCGCCGGAGACUCUCAUCCAUGUCCUUACGGAUCCAGCCCUCUUCCAUCUCCGACACCACCUCCGCCGCAACCGCAUGGGCGAUGCGCCGCUCCAAAUCCGUUUCCUCAACGGGGGAAUCCGCGUCUACCUCAGUCAGGAACUGGUGGGAUUGGGGAUGGGGAUGGAUCCUGUCGAGGAAACCCGUAUUCGCACAGGAUCUGGAGUUUAAUCAAGAGGAAACCUCCGUUCUCAGAUCCCAUGAUAAAGGAAGCUGGAGACACGUCUUCUUCAAGGUUAGAUCCGAGAUCCGGAGAAUUGUCAGAUCUGAUAAUGUCGGCCUCCCUCAGACAGUUCGUUACAACUCCUACAGCUACGCUCGCAAUUUCGACGAUGGCAGCAAUAAAUUCCGAGGCUGA